AUCCAACUGAGUUUGGACUUUAAAACAAUCGUCAUCGAGCUACACAAUCAAUCCAUCCCGCGUUUCCCGUGUUACUUCUUACCAUAUUCACUGCUCGCCCCUCGCUGUGUUACGCCUUCGAAUUCAAAUACAUACCUUACAUACGUUCUUCUGUUCUCCUACAAGGCGCCGUGACAUGAACAGAGACAGCUUGCCCCUUAUCAGAACUGCACCUUAGCACCCCUGUAUCCGCCGUAUAAGCACAGCAUAGCAUAGCACGCUGCCUUGGUCCCCUCCAACCACAUACAACAAUGAGACCUGUCUUGCCUACGAACCAUCCUCUCAACACUCGGUCUUCAGACCGGCCUGACAGCUUGGUACGCCCUUCUUCGACUGUGCCUACUGCCUGUUUCAUCACCACAGAGGCCGACCUUGACGCUCGCCGAGAUCGCUCUCGUCCGCGGUUCCGCCAGCAAAGCGAUCGGCGCAAGUGUAGUCGUAACUCGCGCCGGCCUUCAACCCCGCGUCAACGACGUUCGCCUCCUCAUACCGGCCGUAAGCCUGCGUAUCCUGCAUCGGAGUCAGACGGCUCAGACGAUUCUUCCGUUGAAUCUGUUGUUGAACAAGAGCCCUUGAAUUUACCGUCGCAGCCAAGCACUCCCUCUCUGAUCGGUCUUUCGCAUUCUGGUUCUGUCAUGAGCAUCUCGUCGCAAAGCUGCUCCCUAGCAGGUCCCUCCAUCGACGCCCAUAGCGAUUUGAUUCACGAUAAUGUCUCCUUACCCGUAACAGAUCUGGCAGAUAAUCAAGAAAAUCAGAGCACGGUUCCUCAGCUUAUCAUGCCGAACUUGAUGGUUCCACGACGUCGUCCUUUCUCGGAAGUGGGUAAAUCUUUGGGCAAGCUAAAGAUUAUGGUCGCUGGGCAAUGUGGUAUUGGGAAAACUUCUCUCAUCAAGACUCUGGCAGAACGUUGCGAGCACAUCGUUCACAUGGAUCCGAUAGAGAAUCGCAGUGCAGUGCAUGCUACUGAAACAUACGCCAGUUCGCGCCCACAGCCAUGGUGGCGAUCUGAUUCUGAACUCACCGUGACAACACGGAGGCGGAUUUCUACCACUGGUGAUGUCCUUGAUAGGAAUGUAUGCUUUGUUGAAAGCCCCGGCCACCGACGAGAUGCCUCUGGAUCGUGGCGUGAUCUUCAUUAUGUCGAAUCUCACUUGACGUCUCUGAUGAAUAAGCCCAUGGCUGAUUCGGAUCUGUUCACUUUGGUCAACUCUGGCGGCGAGCCAGUUGUGGACGCUCUGCUCUACCUUAUUCCUCACAGCGGCCUUGUACGAGAGGAUGUCGAGUACAUUAAACGCGCUCAGCGCAUGACUAACGUAAUCCCAGUUCUUACUAGGGUUGAUGUGCUUGCACCAGAGGAAAUCAAGCAUAUCAAACAGCAAGUUGUGGAGAGUCUGGCUGAUAAGGAUGUUGGUUAUUUCUCCUUUGAGGGGCCUGACGACUCAGAGGAGACCAAGUGUGUAUAUGCCGUUUCUACCGAAUCCCGGCCAGACUACGAUACCAUGGACGCCAGUACCCUUAUGGACUCGGAAUACAUCCCACCGCUUUUGCCUACAGACUUGGGCCGACUCGUCGACCACAUCUUUUCUCUGGACGGUAGCGCUCGAUUGCGGCACUCUGCGGCGGUGAAAUGUAUCAAAUGGCGACGUGAUCACGGGGAUAACUUGCUUCAAAAUGCAUUGUCGAGCGGAGCCUCAGUCUCUCGAUCUAUCCCGGAGAGGGCCAUGAGAUUAAGGUCCUUCAGGCGGACCCCGAGCUGGGAUCGACUUGAGCUCUAUAACUGGGCGAAUAACCUGCGACAGAGUCUUCAAUCCGAGAGAUUAUAUCAUCUGAUGGAAGAGAGGGCCAUUUCAAACGCUGUGGCAACGCAGUCGAGUCUAGUCCAUGUCCCCAGGAACGGCAAGAAAAAGACGCAGUCCAAGAAACGGAAAGCUCCUCAACCUACGCACCAGGAUCCACUCGGCCUCUUGGAGAUGGGGGGAGGUCUCAAGCAGAAAGGGAUGCUUGCUCUAGAAAUGGUGAGCAGUGUUGGCCUGGUUGGUUUGGUGGCUUCCAAGAUCAUGCACACCGGCUGGUCUGACGGGAUGUGUUCUGUUGUUGCAUCACGAAGAAGAAACAUAGAGGUUGGACGGCUGAGCAUGGUCCUGUCUUUCUAGACGGCGAGACAUGGUAUUACGGCCUGCUGAAACACGUACGGACCAGCGCCAUCGUCUUCGCUUCGCCAUUAUGCUCUAAUCCAAAGGCCAGGACAAGAGGCGGGAUCGAAUACUGGAGCAAUAUAUCAUGACACAAAAUACCCUAUAAAUAUCACACGCAUAUAUUAAUUGCACUUUGACGGCCGCCUAUCUUGUGAAUCCUGGUGACAGCGUUGCUUAGUUUUGACACAUGAUAGCCCCCUUCUCGGCUCAUAUAUGGACACUGAGAUAAGUCUAACCUCGUCAAUCAGUAGUUCUACUAAUGCUCAUGCUUUGAGUGGCGCUUAUUCUCAGGGGGUGGAUGUCCAAGCGCAGUCAUGGCAGCCUUGAGAUCCGGCAUAUCAUCAGCGGUUCUCGCCACAUGAGCCCAGCGAAUAGUUCCGUCGCGAUCAACAGCAAAGGCACCGCUCGUCUGCCACCGCGAGCCACUCUCUGUUGGUCGAUUCCAGAUGCCCUCAUUCUUUCCAAGGCUGAAGACAUUCCACAGCGUGAGAGGGUUAACGGCGUGCCACGUUGAUGAUAUUCCGAGACCCCAUUUGGCAUACAAGUCGCGCUCUUCAUCAAUUACAACAUCGACGUUCCAGGUGCCACCGACCAGGGGCAGCCAUUUGUCUGUUGCCUCUUCUGAAGAGUGCGAGAUGGCGACACAAUGGACCCCUGGGACCUUAUCGGAUAGGUCGGCGAGAGCUCUGAAUGUUUUUUCAGCGACUAGUCACAGUUAGCAUCAGAUCGUACCAACGGGAUGAUAAGGAUUAAAAUACAGGGACAUCCACAAUGACGGAGAAACACCACGAGAGUAGGUUUCCCGUCUGGAAGGCGAAGGUGUUGAGACCAGGGCGCUUUAGAUCCAACCUCGACUGUAGGACCGACCUCUUUAGCUACGGGUGUCUUCCAUGAGUCGAGUUCUUUCCAGAAGCCGGCAUUAGCGUUGGCAUCAACAGCAGCAGUUUCUUGUGACAUGAUGCGGCAGUAACGUUAUUGUUUUGGUGUGUUAUGAUAUGAGAUGUGUUGAAUAAUCAGAGUAUUUUAAGCUCCAAACGUCUCGUGGUAUUAGAGCAAGGGAGGUAUAAGUGCGACCAUUGUCAAUGACAUAAUACUCACACUCA